AUGCAUGAUGAUCCUAAGGUUAUUGCCUCUGAGCUUUACAACAAGUACAAAUAUACCUGGUCCGUUUAUGGCUUGAGGAAAUUCUGUAUAUCGUUGCAAGGCUGUGUUGAGCAUUCAAAACUCAGACCAGCUGCACAUUUUGCAGGUAAUGCCGUUAAAGAAAUAUAUGAGAUAGUUCCAGCGCGAAAAUGGAGUGAAGAAGAGAGUCGAACGAACAAAAUAGUAUUUAUAGGACACAAACUGGACGAAGAAGCUCUUAAAAGUGGACUAAGAGACUGCAGGCCCUGA